AUGCUAAGCAAUAAAUUAAUCCGCACUAUAACAUCCUUAACACCAAAGGGUAGAACUAUUGUUUCCCGAACCUCACCUUUGUUAUUAGAUUCGUAUUGUGAGCCCGAUCCUCAACUGUAUACGUACUACAAAAACCAAGAAAUUGAUGGUUUAAUAAAAUCUGGUGAGUUGAGCUCUGCCCAGAAACUGUUCGAUGAAAUGCGUAUUGGUGAUGUUGUUACUUACAACUUGCUAAUAUCGGGGCAUGGUAAAUAUGGGAACCCGAAACAGGCUCUUUUUCUUUAUAAUGAAAUGGUUUCACAUGGAAUAAAAGAAAGUGCCUCCACAUUUUCUUCUGUUACAAGUAUUUGUAGCAAUUUCGGGUUCUACGAAGAAGGAAUGCAAGUUCAUUGUAGACUGGUUUCUCUUGGAUUUGAAAGGAAUUUAUAUAUUGGCAGUGCACUUAUUGAUCUUUAUAUGCGCAUGGGAUUCGAUGAUAAAGCUUUGAGAUUGUUUGAUGAAUUGCCUGAAAGAAACUUAGCGACGUGGAAUUUGAUGUUACGAUGGUUUUGUGAAGUGAAUCGGUCAGAUGAGCUGUUAAGAUUAUAUGGUGAAAUGAAAUUUAUUGGUGUGGGGCCAAAUCAGCUGAGUUUUUGUUAUGUGAUUCGUGGGUGUAGUAAUAAGAGGUUUCUUAGUGAAGGGAGGCAACUACAUUGUGAUAUGAUUAAGCUUGGUUGGGUGGAUAUGAGUACUUUUGUUGCCAAUUCCUUGGUAGAUUUUUAUUCUGCUUGUGGGUGUUUGACAGAUGCGAGAAAAUCAUUUGAGGUUAUUUCGGCGGGUGACGUUAUUUCAUGGAAUUCAAUUGUUUCAGUUUUUGCUGAUCAUGGUUUAGUAUUUGAUGCUGUUGAAUUGUUUUCUAGGAUGCAAUUUUGGAGGAAGAGGCCAUCAAUACGUUCAUUCAUCGGGUUCUUGAAUUUAGCUAGUGGGACUGGGAAUAUUGAUUUUGGGAAACAGAUUCAUUGUUAUAUUUUGAAAAUGGGUUUUGAUCACAGGAGCGUCCAUAUUCAAUCUGCUUUGAUUGAUAUGUAUGGGAAGUGCAAUGACAUUGGGAGUUCAGUGGCUAUAUUUGAGGCUGUUCCUGAGCGAACUUUGGAGUGUUGUAACUCAUUAAUGACUUCUUUUUUACACUGUGGAAUCAUUUUGGAUGCAAUUGAGAUGUUUGGUUUGAUGGUCGAUGAAGGAGUUGGAUUUGAUGAGGUUAGUUUGUCCACGACACUGAAAGCCCUAUCAGUAUCUGCUUGGGCAAACAUGAGUAGCUGCAGAUUGCUGCACUGUGUUGCAAUAAAGGCUGGUUUUGAAUAUGAAACUGCUGUAUCAUGUUCUUUAAUAGAUGCAUAUUCAAGAUGCGGUCAUGUUGAACUUUCUCAACAAGUUUUUGACAAAAUUCCAUCGCCAAAUGUUGUCUGUUUCACGUCAAUUAUUAAUGGAUAUGCUCGGAAUGGAAUGGGAAGAGAAUGCCUUGACAUGCUGGAAGCAAUGAUUCAAAAGGGUGUGACUCCUGAUGAAGUAACCUUUCUGUGUGUGCUCUCAGGAUGCAAUCAUUCAGGGAUGGUAAAAGAAGGACGCAUGGUGUUUAACUCAAUGAGAUCUAUUUAUGGCAUCGAACCAGAGCGGCGGCAUUAUUCAUGCAUGAUAGAUCUGUUAGGCCGUGCAGGUCUGCUAAAUGAAGCUGAAGAGUUGCUGCUGCAGACACCAGGAAAGGGCGAUUGUGUAAUAUGGAGUUCAUUGCUGCGUAGUUGUAGGGUUCACGGCAAUGAAAUUGUGGGAAGAAGAAUAGCAAAAAACUUGAUGGAGCUUGAGCCGAAGGAUUUUGCUGUUUAUUUGCAAGUGUCGAACUUUUAUUCAGAAAUAGGGGAAUUUGAAUUGUCAAUGCAAAUUAGAGAGGUUGCUGUGGCAAGAAAAGUGACGUGGGACAUCGGUCAUAGUUUAAUUGAAGUAAACAAUUUCCAUUAGUAUUCCAUACUAUACCGAUCAAAGAAAUUCAUGGCUAGCCCUGUAGCCCAAGACUUGUAUAUGGUGUUUCAGAUUUGUUUUCAAGAAGUUGUAUUAUGUACCUCAAACAUUAGCUGGCGAUAUGAACUUGCAGGAUAUGGUAUCCGCGGCGAAACCAAGCACUAAGCACCUCAUCUUCCAUCUCAGGAGACUGCCCUGUCACAUAGAAGAAGUUUUAAUCAUUUAAACGAAGGCUGGGAACAAGCUGAGCCGUGUCUGUGAAGUUUACUUCUCCUGCACUGGACUAGAAUGGAAAGGUUUAUUAAUUUUCCUUGAAGCCUUGGCCUUAGCAUGCAUGUAGUGGACAAAGAGGAUCUGCUUUUCUGUUGUUCCGUUUGGUCUAACUAAUCUAUUGAACUUUUCUUCUAUAUUUAAAUGAAAAUUGAUUGCAUUGCU